AUGAUUAGGCCUAGCAGCCCUGGGGCUUCAGACGACCAGGUGAGGUGAUGACAGGCUCAAAACAAACAGUGAUGUGUACUUCCAAGAAUGAGCCUCUCACUUUCUUGGAAGGAAGGUAGUUCUCUUUUUUGAGCCUGUCGCUUUAACUGCCAUGGAGAAUCAGUGCUUCUGAGGCCUCAGGGUGUCAUGACAUCCUGCUAUCUUUGGUCUCAGUACCUCAUGAGGGGUGGAGGUGGGGCUGAUGGUCCGAAUAGAGUGUGGUAGGUGAAAAGAAAAGUGGUUGUCUGGAGGAUUUUUUUCCUGGGCUCUACUGAUGGACAGUUGUAUUGUUGAUGUUCUUGACUCCUGGCCCUGGUUCUUAUUGGAUACGUUUUAGCCCAUUAGGCUUGUUCUCUUCACUGUGUUUGAAAACAUGUCAUCCUUUUUUUGUGCAGAACUGAACACAGCCCAGCUGCUCAUUCAGCCUGUUAUUCCCACUCAGUUGUAGAGCUGGUGUUUAUGCUGGACGGCUCACACAUUUGGUCUUAUUAAUGGGAUACGGAAAGCCAGCCAGUACGUCUGACAUGUUCAUUGAAUAGUAUGGUCUUUACACUCUGUUUCUAUUCAAGGAUGUCUUGGGAUAUGGGCCCCAGUCUUACCAACUGUGUGUGUUUAUGGAUAGGUGUGCAGGGCUGCCAACUUUUGAAGAAAGCUUGCAGUGAGAUUUGCUAUGUGAAUUUCAUUGCCCCCUGGCACAACCUCUAGACUGGGGGUCGUCGCCCAGUAACAUUUGACUGUUUUAAAGCUCGUUUCCUGCAAUUCUACGUAUUUUCACGUCUUAGGCCUAUGACCAGGGAGGAACAUUUUAAAAUAGAAACUACAGGUCUGGUGUAUUCAGGAUGCUUUGAACAUUAAAUGAACACACAAAAUUGGACAACUUUGUUACUUUGAGAUUUUUAGGGGAUUACAUUUAAAGUACGCUAACAGUGGGAAGGUUGGAAGCAGGGAUUGAUCCCUGUUCUCAGGUGCAAAGUUGUAUGCGACACGUGCCGGGGAGUGUUACCACUACACCAAGGCUCUGCACAGGACACUUUUAUAUUAGUGAUUGAUGGCAGUGGGUAACCAAAUCAUAGAUUGCAGUCUCAUUGUCCAUAGACUGCUUUCAAGGUAAGGACACAUACAUUUAGUAUUUUGCAAAUUCAAGAACAAUCUAAUGAAUGUCAAUGUUCAGGUGGUUUAUGCCUACUAGUUGAAGAUCAUUGCCUUCAUCUUACUCUACAUACAGUGCAUUAAAGAGGUAUUCAGACCCCUUGACUUAUUGCACAUUUUGUAACGUUACAGCCUUAUUCUAAAAUGGAAUAAAUAGUUUCCCCCCCUCAUUAAUCUACACACAAUACCCCAUAAUGACAAAGCAAAAACAGGUUAGUAGAAAUUGUAGCAAAUAAAAAAGCAAAAUUGAAAUAUCACAUUUUACAUAAGUAAUCAGCCCCUUUGCUCAGUACUUUGUUGAAGGACCUUUGGCAGCUAUUACAGCCUCGAGUCUUCUUGGGUAUGACGCUACAAGCUUGGCACAUCUGUAUUUGGGGAGUUUCUCCCAUUCUUCUCUGCAGAUCCUUUCAAGCUCUGUCAGGUUGGAUGGGGAGCGUCGCUGCACAGCUAUUUACAGGUCUCUCCAGAGAUGUUUGAUCGGGUUCAAGUCCGUGCUCUGGCUGGGCCACUCAAGCACGUUCAGAGACAUGUCCUGAAGCCACUCCUGCGUUGUCUUGGCUGUGUGCGUAGGGUCGUUGUCCUGUUGGAUGGUGACCCUUCGCCCCAGUCUGAGAACCUGCUCCAGAGCACUCAGGACUUCAUCAAGGAUCUCCUGACUAGUCUCCCAGUCCCUGCCACUGAAAGCGGGCUGUCAUGUGCCUUUUUACUGUCUGGCCACUCUACCAUAAAGACCUGAUUGGUGGAGUACUGCGGAGAUGGUUGUCCUUCUGGAAGAUUCUCCCAUCUCCACAGAGGAACUCUGGAGCUCUGUCAGUGUGACCAUCGGGUUCUUGGUAACCUCCCUGACCAAGGCCCUUCUCCCCCGAUUGGCCUGUCGGCCAGCUCUAGUAAGAGUCUUGGUGGUUCCAAACUUAUUCCAUUUAAGAAUGAUGGAGGCCACUGUGUUCUUGGGGACCUUCAAUGCUGCAGAAAUGUUUUGCUGACCUUCCCCAGAGCUGUGCCUCGACACAAUCCUGUCUCGGAGCUCUACGGACAAUUCCUUCUACCUCAUGGCUUGGUUUUUGCUCUGACAUGCACUGUCAACUGUGGGACCUUAUAUAGACAGGUGUGUGCCUUUCCAAAUCAUGUCCGAUCAAUUACAUUUACCACUGGUGGACUCCAAUCAGUUGUAGAAACAUCUCAAGGAUGAUCAAUGGAAUCAGGAUGCACCUGAGCUCAAUUUCGAGUCUCAUAGCAAAGGGUCUGAAUGCUUAUGUAAAUAAGUUUAUUUUUUAUUUUUUUAAUUAUAAAUUUGCAAACAUGUCUAAACUUGUUUUUGCUUUGUCAUUAUGGGGUAUUGUGUGUAGAUUGAUUAGGGGGAAAAAAUUAUUUAAUCCAUUUUAGAAUAAGGCUGUAAUGUAACAAAGUGGAAAAAGUCAAGGGGUCUGAAUACUUCCCGAGUGCACUGUAUACAAAAUAUAAUGCGUUUAUGAGUUGUGCGUCCCCCUACCAUGUCUGCCUAGCAUGUGUUUACACUGGCAGUACAGGGAAGAAGUGGAAUAAUACAAUACGCGUGGGGAAUACCAGUAGUGCUGUUGCUGACAGGCUCAGUAAUUACCCUGUAUUAUAGCUCAUUGUUAAGAAUGAGAAUUGUUCCACUGAUCAGACUAAAUAAAGUACAUAGAUAAAAUCUUCAGACAAGAUGACAUAAAUUUGCCCCUACACCCUGACCAAAUAAUGUAUUUAUUGACCCCCCUCUAGAAUCGAACAUACACUUUUGGGUUCGAAAUCUGUUUGUCAAAAUGAUUUUCAUAGUUCCAAAUCAGGUCACCCUAAACAAACUUCCUGCUAAAACAUACUGACAUACUGUCUGCUGCCUUUUCAUUGUCACAUCCUAAACACCAAUCACCAAACAAGGAGACUAAUGCAAGUGUGGAUUAAAUCAAUUUUAGUACAUUCUGUCAAAAAGCUGCAUUCUGCAAUAGGGAUGGGAGUAACAGCAACCUAAUUGUUGAUAACAUUGUACAUAAACCAACGCUACCGUGCUGCUCUUUUUACAGUUUAAUAAACUCAGCGGAGAACGUUUUCUCUCUCCAUUCAGCUCCACUCUAAUCUUGAGUGGCGUUUCUUUUAAAACGUGCAUCCAAUCCCCUUGACCCCUUUACAUAUCUAGACCAAUCAUAUCCUUCAAUGUGCCGCGGGUCACAGUGCUGUGGCAAGACAGGACAAUGAUAGAGGUUCAGCUCAUGAUGGUAAACUGCUCCGGUUUCAAAAUGAGUCGCUGUCUACAAUGGACUAAUUAGAAAAAUAAAAGCGGUACUUUUCUAUGCGUGAGAUAUGAGGUGUGAUGUGAGAAUGUGUGCAGUGUUUAUGGACGUGUGUGGGGUGCAGAGAAAGUAGGCUGUACUAGCCUAAUCAGUGACGUGUGUUUCUGUGUCAGUAAUGAAGUCAGCGUGUUGAGAGUUAGGCCUAUGUUCUUGAGUGUCACACACAGUCCUUUUGAGUUCGGUCAGGCAGUCUGCAAAUCAAUUUUUGGUCGUGGCAAAAAUAUUAGAUGUUUGUUGGAUGGGUCACAAGAAAAUAUAAAAGGCGUCAGCUGGGCCAUGGUGCAAAAACGUUUGGGAACCAAUUACUGGCUGACGUGACCGUUUAAUGAUGUCACCAACAGAAAUGGUGUCAACUGUGAAUAGCUCCACUCUGGCUGGCUCGCUAUCCUCUGAGUGAUAGAGCCUGUCUCCCCUGUCCAGAUGUUGGCACACUGUUGACUGGAGGGCUCAGAAUGACUCCUAGAUAGGUGUCCAGUGCUGGGUCACUGGUAACGUUGAACAGGGUGUCUGUGGGGAAAGAUAAGGAACGGGUCAGAUAAUUGAACUCAAUCAACUGAACUCACGCAGCAUGUUAAUUUGCUUUGAGGGUUUUGCACCACCUAUGCGUGUGUGUGUUGUAUGUGCAAUUCGGGGUGGUAUGUGGAGCCCGGGGAGUCAAUCUGAUAUUCACACCGUAUCGCAGUGAAGGAAGACCCAAGCUCUCCCAAAGAUAAUACUUUUUCCUGUUACAAGUGUUGAUUUUACUUUUUUCCCUCGGAACAACAUGCCAUCUAGAAUUCAUGUUGAAGCGGUUCCAGCUGGUUUCUGCCUGAACAACAUUCCAUCUAGAAUUCAUGUUGAAGCGGUUCCAGCUGGUUUCUGCCUGAACAACAUUCCAUCUAGAAUUCAUGUUGAAGCGGUUCCAGCUGGUUUCUGCAUUGGAGAGAGAUGAGCGAGACCUGCUUCAGGCCCGGUCAUUCCUGGGAACUCUUUUGACUGAACCAUUGGGAAUAGGUCACUCAGUAUGAGAGUCAGAAUGUGUGAUGUUUGACUGUGGAUUUGUUUGCAUGUGUGUAGGCCUAUAUUUGGAUGAUGACUUUAGGAUCCACUCUUCAUCUCAGGCCAGACUGUGAUUUCAUGAUUAGGCUAGUCAGUGCCCUGAAGGGGUGUUUGCUCUGUAGGACUGAUUCAGGAUUUAGAAAUAGCUCUCUUCAUCUUACCAUGAGGAUGAUGUGUUUUCUCUGUUGGGGGAAAAAGGGCUCUGAUUCCCAUCAAUUAGGCUAAAGGCAUCAGCAUGCUUCAGUUCGGCUGCCGGCUAGCCAAAGUCGGCUAGGCGAACCGAACGAGUGUGCUCUCAUACUCCUUUAAAAGACCUUCGCUUGAAAAACGAGAUAAAAGUGGCAAUAGUACUGUUUGUCCAUCUUGAGACGCCGUAGCCAGUAUACACUUCCUCAAAACAGUCACAAUUAAUCUACGAUAACUCAAGGAAUGUGUCAUUAAUUUUGAUGUUUAUGCAGAGGAGAUCUACAGUUGAAGUCCAAGAUGGCGUAGUAGUGCAGUCCUGUUUUUGUCGUGUGUCUGUAAAUGGCCUGUAAAUACCCAGUUUUUUUUGUAUUUUUCGUACAUAUUUUCCUAUCAGACUUUUCAUCCUUCUACAAAAUAUACUUUCCUGCAACCCGCCUCACUCAAUGUGGAACGGAUUCUAUUAUUGACUUACCUUUUAUCUAGAAUCUCCAGUUGAAACUAGCUAGCCAGCUAACUAGCUACUUGCUAUUAGCCACAGUUGCUAUUUCACCCAGAACAUUGGAUUUUCUGCCGGAAUAAUUUAAUCACUGGACAUUAAUCACCGGAUCGCAACUAGCUAGCCGCAACCGAAUGGAUGUUGCUGUUUGGCUAAUCACCACUGCCCCCGAUGCAAGCACCAGUUAGCCUCGAGCUAGCCUAGAGCCAGGCUCAUAUCCCGGCUAUCUACCUCUAGGUCUACCGGACGGGAGUAGCCAGCCAACUAGCUACUUGCUAUCAGCUACCGUUAGCGGUUUUUCACCAUUGUCCGUGGCCUGCACCACCUACCAGCCAGCUCUAGUCUGGACUAUUAUUCGGCCAGUCUGCACUGUCUGCACAGCGCGUUAUCGACCCAGAACAUAUCCGUUUUUCUGCCGGAAUCACUGAAUCACUGGACCUUUAACUCCGGAUUCAUCGCUACCAGCUAGCUGCAACAAAAUGGACGUUGAGGUCUGGCUAAUCAUCCUGAGCUAGGCCCAUCUCCCAUCUCCCAUCUCCCGGCUAUCUACCUCUCUGUCAACCGGACGGGACCACCUAGUGUUGACACGGAGCCCAGCUGAUCCUACACGACUGGUCUGCCGACGAAAUCGUCUGAUGAGGUAGAUUUUACAACCGGCUUCCCGUUACGACGUUGACCACGAAGAUUCCAUCUGCUAGCCCCGGCCUGCUAGCACACGCUAGCCGUGCCCUCUUGCUCGCUAGUGCUUUAGCAGCCCCCGAACUACCUCCGAACUAUCCUAUUGCUGUUCACCGGAUCUUAUAACUCAGCUAUACAGCUGAUGUCUGCUGGACUGUUCCUUUUUAUGGUACUGCAUCCUGUUUAUGUUUAGCCUCAGCCCAAACUGUGUCGUCAUUACCAGCUGUUGUCUUAGCUCUCUCAAAUUACACCUUGAUUGCUUUAUGCCUCUCUCCCUUGUCAAUAUGGUUAGCUUAUUGUUGUUUCGGUUAUUUCUAAUUGUACUAUUUCACUGUAGAUCCCCCAGCCCAGCUAAACCUGCCUUAGAUAGCUCCUUUGUCCCACCCCCCAUAUACGCGGAGACCGACUCAAUUGGUGCCUCCAGUGAUGCUAUCUCUUUCAUUGUUACCCAACGCUUAGGUUUACCUCCACUUUACUCAUAUCCUUGUCUGUACAUAAUGCCCUGAAUCUUUUCUACAAUGCCCGGAAAUCUGCCCCCUUUAUUCUAUGUACCCAACGCACUAGAAGACCAGUUCUUAAAGCCUUUAGCCGUAUCCUUAUUCUAGUCCUCCUCUGUUCCUCUGGUGAUGUAGAGGCUAACCCAGGCCCUGCAGCCCUCAGUAUCACUCCUACUCCCCAGGCACUAUCAUUUGCUGACUUCUGUAAUCGCAAAAGUCUUGGUUUCUUGCACGUAAAUAUCAGAAGUCUACUUCCUAAGUUUGAGUUAUUCACUGCGUUAGCACAUUCCGCCAACCCUGAUGUUCUAGCAGUGUCUGAAUCCUGGCUUAGGAAGGCCACCAAAAAUUCUGAAAUUUCCAUCCCCAACUAUAACAUUUUCCGUCUAGAUAGAACUGCCAAAGGGGGUGGAGUUGCAAUCUACUGUAGAGAUCGCCUGCAGAGCUCUAUCAUACUAUCCAGGUCUGUGCCCAAACAGUUUGAGCUUCUACUUAUAAAAAUCCACCUUUCCAGAAAUAAGUCUCUCACUGUUGCCGCUUGCUACAGACCCCCCUCAGCCCCCAGCUGUGCCCUGGAUACCAUAUGUGAAUUGAUUGCCCCCCAUUUAUCCUCAGAGUUCGUACUGCUUGGUGACCUAAAUUGGUAUUUGCUUAACACCCUGGCCAUCCUACAAUCCAAACUAGAAGCCCUCAAUCUCACACAAAUUAUCAACGAACCUACCAGGUACAACCCUAAAUCCGGAAACAUGUGUACCCUCAUAGAUAUCAUCCUGACUAACUUACCCUCUAAAUACACCUCCGCUGUCUUCAACCAGGAUCUCAGCGAUCACUGCCUUAUUGCCUGCAUCCGUAACGGGUCUGCGGUCAAACGACCACCCCUCAUCACUGUCAAACGCUCCCUAAAACACUUUAGCGAGCAGGCCUUCCUAAUUGACCUGGCCCAGGUAUCCUGGAUGGAUAUAGAUCUCAUUCCGUCAGUAGAGGAUGCCUGGUUGUUCUUUAAAAGUAAUUUCCUCUCAAUCUUAAAUAAACAUGCCCCAUUCAAAAAAUACAGAACUAAGAACAGAUAUAGCCCCUGGUUCUCCUCAGACUUGACUGCCCUUGACCAGCACAAAAACAUCCUGUGGCGUACUGCAUUAGCAUCAAAUAGCCCCCGCGAUAUGCAACUUUUCAGGGAAGUUAGGAACCAAUAUACACAAGCAGUCAGGAAAGCAAAGGCUAACUUUUUCAAACAGAAAUUUGCAUCCUGUAGCACUAACUCCAAAAAGUUUUGGGACACUGUAAAGUCCAUGGAGAAUAAGAGCACUUCCUCCCAGCUGCCCACUGCACUGAGGCUAGGAAACACUAUCACCACCGAUAAAUCUACAAUAAUCGAGAAUUUCAACAAACAUUUUGCUAUGGCUGGCCAUGUUUUCCACCUGGCUACCACUACCCCGGCCACCAACUCUGCACCCUCCGCUGCAACUUGCCCAUGCCCCCCCCGCUUCUCCUUCACACAAAUUCAGACAGCUGAUGUUCUGAAAGAGCUGCAAAAUCUGGACCCCUACAAAUCAGCUGGGCUAGACAAUCUGGACCCUUUCUUUCUAAAACUAGCCGCAGAAAUUGUCGCAACCCCUAUUACUAGCCUGUUCAACCUCUCUUUCGUAACGUCUGAGAUCCCCAGAGAUUGGAAAGCUGCCGUGGUCAUCCCCCUCUUCAAAGUGGGUGACACUCUAGAUCCAAACUGUUACAGACCUAUAUCCAUCCUGCCCUGCCUUUCGAAAGUAUUUGAAAGCCAAGUUAACAAACAGAUCACCAACCAUUUCGAAUCCCACCGUACCUUCUCCGCUAUGCAAUCCGGUUUCCGAGCUGGUCAUGGGUGCACUUCAGCCACGCUCAAGGUCCUAAACGAUAUUAUAACCGCGAUCGAUAAUAGACAGUACUGUGCAGCCGUCUUCAUCGACCUGGCCAAGGCUUUCGACUCUGUCAACCACCGCAUUCUUAUUGGCAGACUAAAUAGCCUUGGUUUCUCAAAUGACUGCCUCACCUGGUUCACCAACUACUUCUCAGAUAGAGUUCAAUGUGUGAAAUCGGAGGGCCUGUUGUCUGGACCUAUGGCAGUCUCUAUGGGGGUGCCACAGGGUUCAAUUCUUGGGCUGACUCUUUUCUCCGUGUAUAUCAAUGAUGUCGCUCUUGCUGCUGGUGACUCUCAGAUCCACCUCUACGCAGACGACACCAUUUUGUAUACAUCUGGCCCUUCAUUGGACACUGUGUUAACAAACCUCCAAACUAGCUUCAAUGCCAUACAACACUCCUUCAGUAGCCUCCAACUGCUCUUAAACACUAGUAAAACUAAAUGCAUGCUCUUCAAUCGAACGCUGCUGGCACCUGCCCACCCGACUAGAAUCACCACUCUCGACGGGUCUGACCUAGAGUAUGUGGACAACUACAAAUACCUAGGUGUCUGGUUAGACUGUAAACUCUCCUUCCAGACUCACAUUAAGAAUCUCCAAUCCAAAGUUAAAUCUAGAAUCGGCUUCCUAUUUCGCAACAAAGCCUCCUUCACUCAUGCUGCCAAACAUGCCCUCUUAAAACUGACUAUCCUACCGAUCCUUGACUUCGGCGAUGUCAUUUACAAAAUAGCCUCCAACACUCUACUCAGCAAAUUGGAUGUAGUCUAUCACAGUGCCAUCCGUUUUGUCUCCAAAGCCCCAUACACUACCCACCACUGUGACCUGUACGCUCUUGUUGGCUGGUCCUCACUACAUGUUCAUCGUCAAACCCACUGGCUCCAGGCCAUCUAUAAAUCACUGCUAGGCAAAUCCCCGCCUUAUCUUAGCUCAUUGGUCACCAUAGCAGCACCCACCCGUAGUCUGCGCUCCAGCAGGUAUAUCUCACUGGUCAUUCCCAAAGCCAACACCUCCUUUGGCCGCCAUUCCUUCCAGUUCUCUGCUGCCAAUGACUGGAACGAAUUGCAAAAAUCUCUGAAGCUGGAGACUCUUAUCUCCCUCACUAACUUUAAGCAUCAGUUGUCAGAGCACCUUACUGAUCACUGCACAUGUACACAGCCCAUCUGAAAUUAGCCCACCCAACUACCUCAUCCCUAUAUUGUUAUUUAUUUUGCUCUUUUGCACCCCAGUAUCUCUAUUUGCACAUAAUCUCUUGCACAUCUAGCAUUCCAGUGUUAAUACUAAUUGUAAUUAUUUUGCACUAUUGCCUAUUUAUUGCCUUACCUCCAUAACUUGCUACAUUUGCACACACUGUAUAUAUAUUUUCUGUUUUAUUUUAUGACCUUAUGUUUUUUUUACCCCAUAUGUAACUCUGUGUUGUUUUUAUCGCACUGCUUUGCUUUAUCUUGGCCAGGUCGCAGUUGUAAAUGAGAACUUGUUCUCAACUGGCUUACCUGGUUAAAUAAAGGUGAAAUAAAAAUAAAAUAAAAAAAAGUAGGAAGUUUACAUACACCUUAGCCAAAUACAUUUAAACUCAGCUUUUUCAGUUCUGCCCACAACUUUUCUAUAGGAUUGAGGUCAGGGCUUUGUGAUGGCCACUCCAAUACCUUGACUUUGUUGUCCUUAAGCCUUUUUGCCACAACUUUGGAAGUAUGCUUGGGGUCAUUGUCCAUUUGGAAGACCCAUUUGCGACCAAGCUUUAACUUCCUGACUGAUGUCUUGAGAUGUUGCUUCAAUAUAUCCACAUAAUUUUCCUUCCUUCACGAUGCCAUCUAUUUUGUGAAGUGCACCAGUCCCUCCUGCAGCAAAAUACCCCCACAGCAUGAUGCUGCCACCCCCGUGCUUCACAGUUGGGAUGGUGUUCUUCGUCUUGCAAAUCCCCCUUUUUCCUCCAAACAUAACGAUGGUCAUUAUGGCCAAACAGUUCUAUUUUUGUUUCAUCAGACCAGAGGACAUUUCUACAAAAAGUACGAUCUUUGUCCCAUGUGCAGUUGCAAACCGUAGUCUGGCUUUUUUAUGGCAGUUUUGGAGCAGUGGUUUCUUCCUUGCUGAGCGGCCUUUCAGGUUAUGCCGAUAUAGGACUCGUUUUACUGUGGAUAUAGAUACUUUUGUACCUGUUUCUUCCAGCAUCUUCACAAGGUCCCUUGCUGUUGUUCUGGGAUUGAUUUGCACUUUUCGCACCAAAGUACGUUCAGCUCUAGGAGACAGAACGCGUCUCCUUCCUGAGCGGUAUGACUGCUGUGUGGUCCCAUGGUGUUUAUACUUGCGUACUAUUGUUUGUACAGAUGAAUGUGGUACCUUCAGGCAUUUUGAAAUUGCUCCCAAGGAUGAACCAGACUUGUGGAGGUCUACAAUCUUUUUUCUGAGGUCUUGGCUGAUUUCUUUGGAUUUUCCCAUGAUGUCAAGCAAAGAUGCACUGAGUUUGAAGGUAGGCCUUGAAAUACAUCCACAGGUACACCUCCAAUUGACUCAAAUGAUGUCAAUUAGCCUAUCAGAAGCUUCUAAAGCCAUGACAUCAUUUUCUGGAAUUUUCCAAGCUGUUUAAAGGCACAGUCAACUUAGUGUAUGUACACUUCUGACCCACUGGAAUUGUGAUAGUGAAUUAUAAGUGAAAUAAUCUGUCGGUAAACAAUUGUUGGAAAAAUUACUUGUGUCAUGCACAAGUAGAUGUCCUAACCGACUUGUCAAAACUAUAGUUUGUUAACAAGAAAUGUGUGGAGUGGUUGAAAAACAGGUUUUAAUGACUCCAACCUAAGUGUAUGUAAACUUCCGACUUCAACUGUAAGUUACGCAAUUUUACAUCUAAGAUGUUUGGUGCAGUAUUUCUCAAUGAAACGACGUGCAUGAAAACGAGUCGUCUCUCGUUGAAUGACAACAGACUUUAUUGAAGAAUCCAUAAUGUUGACCAAUCACCGACGAAGGGGCAUAAACUUUGGCUCUGAACUUUGGUUUGCCUCGAAAAAAGGUGUGCCCGAACAGCUGAAAAAGCCUUCACCGAAGUCCAAAAUGAACAAAACCCUCACAAAAUGUUGUCAUAAUAUAUGCCUUAACAGUACACAACCCUAACAAUGCCAUGCACCCUUAGAUCUGUUUGCCCACCUUUACUUCUCCUUACUUUCUCUGCUGAUCUGACGACACCAUGGGGCCAAUCCUAACCUUUACAGUUAGUCUAGUCUCCCAUUGACCUCAAUGCAUCACGUGGGAAUAGCAGUGCCAUUCAUCCCUCCCUUUGGGCUGGCCGCUGUUUAAUCAGAGGCUAAUCUGGCACUGCAUGGAUCCAAUGAGUAGAUUACCAAAUCUACACUCAACAAAAAUAUAAACGCAACAUGUAAAGUGUUGGUUCCAUGUCUCAUGAGCUGAAAUAAUAAAUCCCAGAAAUAUUCCAGACGCACAAAAAGCUUAUUUCGCUCAAAUUCUGUGCACAGAUUUCUUUAUCCCUGUUAGUGAGCAUUUCUCCUUUGCCAAGAUAAUCCAUCCACCUGACAGGUGUGGCAUAUCAAGAAGCUGAUUUAAACCGCAUGAUCAUUACACAGGUGCACCUUGUGCUGGGGACAUGGACAAUAUCUGCACCAUUAUGUACUAUAGAGCCUACAAUAAGUAUCAUGAAAAUAGCUCAGUAGUAUGACCUGACUUCGGACAUUGGUUAUUAUAAGGCCCCUCUCCAUAUCUUGGAACCCUUUGUGUGCCUGCCUACCCCAGGGGGUGGGGUCACUCGUGGCCCUGUCCCGUCGUGGGAUGCUCUCACUGUCACAUCACAUGGUGUUGAUGGGACUGCUGGCCUGGAUGAUGCCAUGCAAGCUUGACAGAGGGGAGCUCUGAUAGUUGCUUGGCAUCACCUCUGUGUUUAUCUUCUAUUUAGAAUGGAUGCCCUACCCUGGCAUGGCCCAUGAUAUGGUAUAGAACUGAAUCCAAGUCACCAGUGAGAUGCUGUCAGGCUGCUAACUCCUAGGUACGGAUGGAAGAAGGAGGCCGAUGUUUCACCGACUGUAAUAAAUCUGAAGCAUCCGGAUGGAAUUUCCUCUCCCCACCUGUGAUGAGAGGAAGCCCAGUGGCUGGCAGUGGUACAAUAUAGAGUGAGACUGGGCCAACAUUCUGCUGAUUUUCCCAUUGAAGAAAAGCCCUAUCUCAAUACAGUUUUGUUGACGUUACCCUUAGCUAAAGUUUUUCAAAGUUGUGAGUGUUAGGGCGAAUUGCGUUAUUGCACACACACACUUCACAGAGGUGUUCUCUAACAGAAAUAUGCUAGAACGGGCCAAUAGGAUCUUGCUAGCUCGUGCUUGGCUCUGCCCACCUCCUUGCUUGAUCUGCCCACUAUGCUUCAUUUGCUCCCACUGAGAACGACACAAAUUAACUAUCUUGGGUUUUUAUGAAUAUCAUUGGCCUAGGUCUGCAUGACCCUGGUGGGGAUGUGAUGGGCAUAUAAAUAGGCUUGGGUUAGGGGGUGGUAACGGGAAAGAAAGGACCAGGGUGAAUAGAAGAGGGAAGUCUCUCCCUAUACUGGGAGAGACUUAUUUUGCAUCAUGACUUUAUAAUCCUAUGAAGGCUCUUCUAAGUACCAAGACCCAGUCCAAAUCCCUCAGCAGGGCCUCCAGGUGGACCCUUUCCUGUAGCCAGCCCCAGUCCGGCUCACCCUGCCCCAGCCCAGCCCUCUCCUCCCAGCUGCUCCAGCAGAUUUGUCUUUCAUUUCUCCUAAAAUAAAGAGUGGGGCAUGUGCACAAAGAACACAGCUCUGCUGAGCGGCAGCUGGGCCUGCUCUGCUCCCUCUGCCAAGACCCUGCCCUCACUCACUCACUGACUGACUGACUGACCUGCCCUCACUGACUGACUGACUGACCUGCCCACACUGACUGACCUGCCCUCACUGACCUGCCCUCACUGACUGACUGACUGACUGACCUGCCCUCACUGACUGACUGACUGACCUGCCCACACUGACUGACUGACUGACCUGCCCACACUGACUGACUGACUGACCUGCCCUCACUGACCUGCCCUCACUGACUGACUGACGGACGACUGGGAGAGGAAAUCAACUGGACACGCACACUAACGCACACAAAUAAUAUUUGACAUGUAACGUACAACUGUAGGCUAUAUGCUCCCUCUGAUUAAUGUAGCAGUCACACACAACCCUCAAGAUACACAUAUGAUCUUAAACAGUCAACGUUUCUCCCAAACGUUCAAUGAAUGAUUGAUAGUGAGAAAGUAGAUAAGUUGUCCAGAACUUGGAACACAUGUUAAUCAUUGGUGAUGAAUUGCUCUAAGGAAAAGAGGUAUAACUGAAUCUAAAACUCAUUGUUGACAAUAAACCCCACCAAGCAGGCUGUUCUUAAUGUUCCUGGGGAUAUGUCUCUGAGCAUGAGCUAUUGCAAUUUAAUGUGCUCAGCAGUGCCGCAAUUAAAUAAAUUAAACAGUGCUGUAAUUAAUGCAUGGAUAUUCAGGUGACUUACUGAUGUAAGUUGGGGGAGGUGGCACGUGAAUCCAAGUGUUAUUACCUUAUGCUUUGUGUGGUUGUUCAAAUACACUGGUUUACACUGAAACACCAGGAUCAGGGGAAAUAGUGUGACGACUGAAGUGUGUGUGUUCAGUGUUUAUUUCCACAACACUCCUGUCAUUAAAGCGAAGAAACAGUGCAUGGUCAGGGGUUUGCUGUGCAGCAGUGCUAGAGCUCCCGGUCGCUAUAGAAACCACUUGGCUGCCACUCCAGGCCCAGUAACCAUAGAGAUGGAACACAUGACAUCAGCCCCAGAGCUAGAGCAGUCCUGUGGUUACAUCACUGCCACCGACCUCAGCAAGUGUUUUCUCUAGUAGUGUGUGGGAGAGAGGAAACAUCUUGUAGUAUGGGAACUCCAAUUAUAUCACAUACUGUAUGUUUAGCAAGAUGGGAAUAAUUGAAUCAGAACAGUAUGAUCUGCUUUUUGAGAUGGUAACCGGUUUACCUAUCUAUAGGCUAGUACUAGUAUACUGAUUUGAGCUGACAUGCAUCAAAGAUGCCUUGCAGCCAUUUACAGCACUGUGCAGCCAGUUUGCAUUAGUUUUGUAACUGUAUCCAGUCUACCUGCUGUGCAAGCGGAGGCUGAUUGGAGAGUAAUAGGGAUCUAUAUAAGAGUCUACUAUAUUAGUGACCUCAUUCACCGCUCUGAUUCAACAGGGCUUGGGGCUUUGUCAUAGCUGUAACAGCCAGGUAAAAAAAUAUCAAGCUAGAAAUGGACAAACAUGAGGAUGAAAGACAGUGGGUGUUUGCUGUGGAACAAAGGUUUGUAAAGGCCAACCGUUUUGUCCCCACGAUGCUCGUCAAAGGAAAACACUUCAAACGAACAACGCCGUCGCUCACUUCCUGCCCUUGACAUAGGCUGGAUUAAGUGUUCACAAUAGUGCACUCACACAUCCAUAAGCAAUGAGCAGGUCCGGUUUGGGGGGGCAGCAGACAGUGUUCUGUCAUGCUAAUGUCAGCGUGUGAUCAAAGUGGGCAGAGGAUGAUGGAGUCAGGGACCAGGUGUGUGAGGGGGCAGGUGUUAUUCUGUUGGACUGGAAGAACUGGGAAAAGCCAAGAUAAAUAGACGUUAUGGACAAACUGGUCAUAGCUGUUAUACAAACAGAACACAGAGCACCCCUCUUGGAGUUAGGCAAUACAGGGAGGCUGAGGGAGGGCUCUGAGCUACACAUUGUCAGUGAUGUCAUUUCUAAGCCAGUCAGUCUCCUUCCUAUGUACCCCAGCGCCAGGGUUAGUGUGUCUGCCUUGGUACACGGCUCUGCAGGGGGGAGAGGUUGCAGGAAGUGUCUUCCUCUGGUUGUCUCUGGGCCUGUCUGCCUGUGUAAGCUGGGUGAAGGGGACAGGAGUGUGGAGUGUAACCCAAACCCUGUGGUAUUUAUAGCCUGGUGUGAGUGAGGCGUGGUGGGCACAGACAGACAGGCACGCUGCUCCUUCUGUGACACCAUAGGACAGACCACUGAGAGGACAGCCUAGAAUGGUUCUAGCCGACCCACUCAACACCAUUGUGCUGACCUGAACAGUACUAGCUCAUAUAGGCUAGUGUCUUUUCACAUUGUACUGCUUGGUAUAAAAAGGGUAAAAGGCUAGUAAAGUGGGUGUGUUACUGCGCAGGGUCAACUAGUAGCCUAGCUUAGGCUCGGUAUGCAAUGUCAUUUGUGUUCUUCUGCAUGUCAGUAGAAUGACAGGUCUUCUGCAGCCGAUGGCAUGUUUUCAUUGCCUCAGACAUCAAGGAUACUGACAGCCGAGAUGUACUAAGCACCUCCGCCGAGAGUGUCUCAGACAUCAAGGAUACUGACAGCCGAGACGUACUAAGCACCUCUGCCCAGGGUGUCGACAGUCAAUUUUUUGUUCAUCACAUAGCACAGAUCGGCCUUCAGCCUUGUUAAAAUACUCCAGACCAGAAGGUGGCAGUACCGUUGCCAAGCUAUGUUUUGGCUUGUGCCUGCUUCUACAUUUGUAGAUGGCUAAUGUUAGCUAACUAGCAAGCUGCGUGGUUGUUGUUGCUAGCUAGCUAGCUAGCUAGAAUUUGUAGUAAGCCCAUGUUUAUUCUAGCCAGAUGGCCACAACUAGAUAACUAGCAUAGUUAGCAACAUUAUAAUGGAUUCAUUUUUUUAUAAAGCAGCUGCCUGUUAGCUGUUGAGUCAGUUGAGUAGCUAGCUAGCUAUGUUGUGCUAACUGACAAAUGGCAACGCUAACCGCUAGCUUGGUGAAGCAUUUAGUGUUGUGUACAGUGUGUGACUGCCUGUAGCUAGCUAACCAAUGAGCAAGUGUACAUUAUCAAACCUAACAGAAAAUGCUUCUUCAAGCACAAAACUCCUUAGCUAGAUGUAAAGACUAGCUUCAGAAAAACAAGAUGUAUUAUGCAGCUUUGUUUUAUAUUGACCAAAAAUAUAAACGCAACAUCUAAAGUGUUAAUCCCAUUUUUCAUGAGCUGAAAUAAAAGAUCCCAGACAUUUUUCAAACGCACAAAAAGCUUAUUUCUCAAAUUUUGUGUGUACAUUUAUUUACAUCCCUGUUAGUGAGCAAUUCUCCUUUGCCAAGAUGAUCCAUCCACCUGACAGGUAUGGCAUAUCAAGAAACUGAUUAAACAGCAUGGUACACAGGUGCACCUUGUGCUGGGGACAAAAGGCCACUCUAAAAUGUGCAGUUUUGUCACAGAACACAAUGCCACAGAUGUCUCAAGUUUUGAGGGAGUGUGCAAUUGGCAUGCUGACUGCAGGAAUGUCCACCAGAGCUGUUGCCAGAGAAUUGAAUGUUAAUUUCUCGACCAAUUUGGCAGUACAUCCAACUUGCCUCACAACCCAGACCACGUAUAACCACACCAGCCCAGGACCUCCACAUCCGGCUUCUUCACCUGCGAGAUCGUCGGAGUAGGUGGUGGAGGGGGACGGAGGGUGCUGAGGAGUGUUUCUGUCUGUAAUAAAGCCAUUUUGUGGGCAAAAAUUCAUUCUGAUUGGCUAGGCCUGGCUCCCAUGUGGGUGGACCUGGCUCUGAAGUGGGUGGACCCCUGCCAAUUAGUCAUGUGAAAUCCAUAGAUUAGUGCCUAAUUUAUUUAUUUCAAUUGACUGAUUUCCUUCUAUGAACUGUAACUCAGUAAAAUCUUUGAAAUUGUUGCAUGUUGUGUUUAGAUUUUUUUCAGUAUAGUUAGGACUGCUGGAAAGGGGGUGGAUUAUUCUUUCUCCUUUUUGUUGUCAAGCCUUUUGGCUCCCCUCCCGCGGUGGUCCAUGCUGACUGAUUAGCUCAGUCAAGUUGUCGGCCCCUGAUGGGGCAGGCCAAUUCUACAUGUUCUAAAUGUCCGGUUUGACGGUAUCAGGUCGGUACCCAGCAGGCAAUGUCUUUUGUUCUAGCAAGAGAAGCAAUGGCCUCAUACUGUUCAAAAUGCAUCAUACGGGCCAGAUUCCUGUAUUUAGAUAGUUACAUAUCUUGAAAAAUUGAUUGCUGACAUGCAAAACAUUUUUGGACUAUAUCAACAAUUGACUAAUGAAACAAAUCACAAGACAGUUUUUGGGUGGCGUUUUCCUUUCAGUACCUCUCGGCUGUCUGUUGUCUCAGUGUGUCUGACCUCCUCCACUAUGCUUGGUGCGUGUUAUGUUCUUACCGGUCUGGUUUGGCCAAAGGAAUUUAAAGCUGCUCCAUUCAUAAUCUUGGAGUAGGCCAGUGACUGUCUCUGGAUAUCACUAGCUAACAUGGAGAGAGGAGAGCACCCUAUGUUUUUACAGCAAUGGGUCUCUACACUACACCUGUAAAUGCUGCUAUAUGCCCACAGUAAUGUAGGUCCAGCCGAAGAUGGAUGGCUAGAUAGAUAGAUGGAUGGCCUACUUCUCCGAUACACUCUUGACACAAAAUAUUGGCUGGUCUUCUGAUCAGAACAUUCAGGCAAAGCUUAGAUCGAAGGCACUGCUAUGGUGCUCAAAUUCAGAUGUAAGGAUUUAGAUAGUUGGGCCUGUUUCCCAAAUAGCACCUCUAACAUUGUUGCCUCCCAAACAGAAUGAUAAUCAAGAGAUAAAGAGCACCCCCAGCAUAAGCAUUAUGUGCACAGACAUAUGCAGAAGAAAAUUAAAUGUCCCAUGUGAAAAGGACUAGCCUAGCUAAGUGGAAAAUAUGUGGCUUCUUCGCUUCGUCCACUCAUUCCUGGGAGCUCUCCAGUAAAUAGGUUAUUCCCCAUCUACCCCUAGUUGGCUAACCGUUGGGGCGGCCUUUAUUUAGCCCAGCUAUGUUGUCAAAACACACCUCAAUGUGACUUUGGCUGGACAGACAGACAGACCGCACUAUGGUGUGAGUGGCCCUGCCAGUGCUGGGUGACCUGCUUUCACCGCUGGACUACAGUGGUCAGACAUGUCCAGAACUUUACAUUUUUACAUUUUAGUCAUUUAGCAGACGCUCUUAUCCAGAGCGACUUACAGUUAGUGAGUGCAUCGAUUUUUUCAUACUGGUCCCCCGUGGGAAACAAACCCACAACCCUGGCGUUGCAAGCGCCAUGCUCUACCAACUGAGCUACACGGGACUUUAGUCCUGCCUGUUGUGCUUUCAGUGUGGGGAUAAAAGGUGUGAGGGAGGGACAGCCUGCCCUCUAACCUCUACAACUGGAGCUGGGCUCUAGCAAACAGGAAUAUACCGUAUUUUCCGCACUAUAAGGCGCACCGGAGUAUAAGCCGCAGCAGCUAAAUUGAAUGAUAUUGAAUGAUGUGUACAUAUAUAAGCCGCACUGGACUAUAAGCCGCAGGUGUUUUAAUGUUUAAUUACCAUAUGUAAGGGUUCGUGCACAGAGGGGAUUGUCGGGAAAGAGACAAACUGUCUCGCUCUCGUAAUGUCUGUCUGUCUUGCUCUCGUUCUGUCUCUCGUUCUGUCUCUCGUACCACUCUCGGUUCCACUUUUACUUUUGCGCGCUACCUGUCUCACUCUUUUCCGGCCUCCAGCUUUUCCUGCUGGAGCCCGCUGCUUAAAGGUGGGGGGCGCGGACCGGUCAUAGAGCCCAUAGAGUUAAAGUUGGUGGACUGUAACCUGUAAAAUCCAUAGAUUUAGGAGGUCUUCUAGUGGCCGUUAGCUGUAAAAAUCCAUAGAUUAGCCGCACCGUUAUAUAAGCCGCAGGGUCGAAAAAUUUGAAAAAGGCGCGGCUUAUAGUCCAAAAAUGACGGUACUAUGUAACUGCCUGAACUCUGUAUAGGCCUAUACUGGACAGAUGGUCAAAUACAUGUCCGAUAUUUGCCCUUGAUUUAGGCUAGUUCGCCCAGUAAAGUAUUUGUAGAGCUGUGACGAUACCAGUAUCGCAAUAUGUCAAAAGUUAAAACACGAAGCAGACCAAACUCUUUGGCCCUUUAAAAACCUGCUGUAUGUAAAAUAUAGUGUGCUAUAGCUUGGAAAAUAAAGAAAUGUGACUCUGGAUGACAACAUAAUGAUGUUGGUUUCCAAAAUAAGUUAAAUCUGCUUCGUGUUUUGUUAAUUUGCCACAUUACUAAACAGUAUUGCGAUACUGGUAUUGUCCUCAGCCGAAGUAUUUUAAUAUGGAUUUGACACAGGAUGGUUUGAGAAAUCAGCUCAAUUGGCAUAAGCUAUAUUAUGAAUGGCAUAUAUCAUAAAUCACCUGGAACAUCAUCAUUAUGCCUGGCCAGCCAGGUGAUUGUUGCUGCAAUCAUGCUGGUUAGGUAUUCCAUCUAGCCUACUCUGUUAGCUGUUGUGAAACCAGAUGGCCGUCUUUGGCCUCUCAAAGCUAGACAGCUCUGUCCACUCAAGCCCCAGGCUUCACAGACAUCCAGGGGCCUGCCCUGCUUGCAGUCUGCCCACCAUUAAAACACUAAAGGAGACAUUUUCAUAGUGCAAAAGCAAUGUUAAUUUACCAUGAACCUCAUUGUAAUCUGGCAGCACGAUUUCAUUAGAAAUGUGUUUUCCCUAGCAGAGCUUUAAGAGCCAAGUCGUCUGAGUAGAGAAAAUCCUGUCAUCCCGCUGGGUGAGAGGUUUAAUCUUUGUUACAGCGAGACCUACAAUGGCUUCAGUCUCAGCUACUACCCCCCCAUACCCACCCAGCCAAUGGAACACCAUACAGAAUACUAACACUGCCCAGCCAGCUGAAUACUAACACUGCCCAGCCAGCUGAAUACUAACACUGCCCAGCCAGCUGAAUACUAACACUGCCCAGCCAGCUGAAUACUAACACUGCCCAGCCAGCUGAAUACUAACACUGCCCAGCCAGCUGAAUACUAACACUGCCCAGCCAGCUGAAUACUAACACUGCCCAACCAACAGAACACCAUAUAGAAUACUAAUACUCCAUAGGGUAAUCAGUUGAGGAGUUGAAAAGUGCUGAAUUUCUAUUUGAAGUUUAUUACUCAAUUAGAUUUGACACACUGUUCUCCCCUCCCCUGUCUCCCUCACAGUCUGGUGGGUGCUUCUCUUAGAAAUGUCUCAAACUCUCAGAGCUAGAAAGCAGAUUUUCUACAUGAUAAGAGCAGUAAAUUUCAGACCUCUCCACAUUAAUUUUUAUCUUCAAUACUGAAUGCAGUCUGGCAUCCAAGACAACUAUCUCAUUGCGUGGGUUUAGUCGUUGGUUGAUUCACAUUCUCCAUAGACACAGCAGCAGAUGCAAUGUGGGAGGCAUCAGGAAACAAACCCUGUGUUGACCCCUAUAGUGCUGCUUUAGUCUUUCACUUGUUGUUGCCAAAACUUUUAUCAACAUUACUUGAAUACAGUAUGUUGUGUUUUCAGCUGCUCUGUUUGGCCCAUCUCACAAGUGGAAUGAAUGAGGUGUUUCUAUUUUUGCAUGCUCUAACCAGUCUCCUGAUCUUCUCUCCUCAUUCCCUUCCUCCUAUCGCCAGGUGGUGGCCGAAGCCAUGGGGGCGUUCCUGGACAAGCCCAAGACUGAGACGCACAAUGCCCACGGCGAGGGCAAUGGUCUCCGUUAUGGCCUGAGCAGCAUGCAGGGCUGGCGGGUGGAGAUGGAGGACGCCCACACUGCCACGGUGGGUCUACCCCAGGGCCUGCAUGACUGGUCCUUCUUCGCUGUCUACGACGGCCACGCCGGCUCCCGCGUGGCUAACUACGCCUCUAAACACCUGCUGGGGCACAUCAUCACCCACAGCAUGGGUCCCCCGGGCCCUGAGGGUGUCACCCCAGCCCCCGCUGUGGAGACGGUCAAGACGGGAAUCCGCACCGGCUUCCUGAAGAUCGACGAGCACAUGAGGAACUUCUCUGACCUGCGUAAUGGCAUGGACCGCAGUGGCUCGACGGCCGUGGCCGUGCUGCUCUCGCCAGAGCACCUCUACUUUAUCAACUGUGGUGACUCACGGGCCGUGCUCUACCGCAACACGCACGUCUGCUUCUCCACGCUGGACCACAAGCCCUGCAACCCACGGGAGAAGGAGAGGAUCCAGAACGCAGGUGGCUCGGUAAUGAUUCAGAGGGUGAAUGGUUCCCUGGCCGUGUCCCGGGCCCUGGGAGACUACGACUACAAGUGUGUGGAUGGGAAGGGCGCCACGGAGCAGCUGGUGUCCCCAGAACCCGAGGUGUUUGAGAUCGAGAGGUCCCCGGAGGAUGAGUUUGUGGUGCUGGCCUGCGACGGUAUCUGGGACGUGAUGAGCAACGAGGAGCUGUGCGAGUUUGUCAAGUCCCGUCUGGAGGUGUCUCAGGACCUGGAGAAGGUCUGCAACCAGGUGCUGGACACCUGCCUGCACAAGGUACAGUGAGGCAAGACUGCUAGUCUGUGUGUGUGUGUUUUAGCAUGUAGAAAUGUUAAGUAUGGAGGUGCGUGUUUGGUGCAGUUAUAAAGGAAGCUCUCUUUCUUACUUUAGGGUCAGAGUUAACACAUGUAAUGACUCUCUUCAUCCCUCUCUCCCCCCUCCGCUACAGGGAAGUCGGGAUAACAUGAGUGUUGUGUUGGUGUGUUUGCCAAACUGCCCUAAAGUGUCAGAGGAGGCGGUGAAGAAAGAUACAGAGCUGGAUAUGUUCCUGGAGUCUCGUGUGGAAGGUGAGAAUGACUGUACACAUGACUCUUCCCCUCCAUCCUGUUGUCUUCAUCCAGGCUGCAGUCCCAUUCUCUAGUACCCUUCUCUCCAAGUGUGCAUUCAUUCCCUCCCGCUGAUGGAGCACAGCCCCAGUCUAAAUGUAUUACACUCCCUUCUGGGACACCCCUCCAAUCCAUCCCACUUUCUAAACAGCUGGGUAUACCCCACCUAGUACCCAGACACAGACCGGUAGGCUGCCUGACUGACUGCCUGACUGGUGGUUGCUAGAGCUCCAGCUGGCCUAUCAACUCCCACUGAAGCACAUUCAUGUCCUGACCCACAUUCUCCCUCUUCCUCUCCUUCUUCACCCUCUGCUUCUCUUCCAACAGUCUCUGUCUCCCUUCUCCUCCUGUCUCUGUCACAUUCCGCCUCUUUACCCUGUUUCAGAUUCUCUCUCGCACUCUCUCUCUCAAUUGAAUUUCAAUUCAAAGGGCUUUAUUGUCAUGGGAAUCAUAUGGUUACAUUGCCAAAGCAAAUGAAAUGGAUAAACAGAAGUGAAAUAAACAAUAAAAAGUGAACAGUAAAUAUUACACUCACACAAGUUCCAAAAUAAUAGAAACAUUUCAAAUGUCAUAUUAUGUCUAUAUACAGUGUUGUAACGAUGUGCAAAUAGUUCAAGUACAAAAGGGAAAAUAAAUCAACAUAAAUAUGGGUUGUAUUUACAAUGGUCUUUGUUCUUCACUGGUUGCCCUUUUCUUGUGGCAACAGGUCACAAAUAUUGCUGCUGUGAUGGCACACUGUGUGGUAUUUCACUCAAUAGAUAUGGGAGUUUAUCAAAAUUGGAUUUGUUUUCGAAUUCUUUGUGGAUCUCUGUAAUCUGAGGGAAAUAUGUGUCUCUAAUAUGGUCAUACAUUUGGCAGGAGGUUAGGAAGUGCAGCUCAGUUUCCACCUCAUUUUGUGGGCAGUGUGCACAUAGCCUGUCUUCUCUUGAGAGCCAGGUCUGCCUACGGCGGCCUUUCUCAAUAGCAAGGCUAUGCUCACUGAGUCUGUACAUAGUCAAAGCUUUCCUUAAUUUUGGGUCAGUAACAGUGGUCAGAUAUUCUGCCACUGUGUACUCUCUGUUUAAGGCCAAAUGGCAUUCUAGUUUGAUCUGUUUUUCUGUUAAUUCUUUCCAAUGUGUCAAGUAAUUCUCUUUGUUUUCUCAUGAUUUGGUUGGGUCUAAUUGUGUUGUUGUGCUGGGGCUCUGUGGGGUCUGUUUGUGAACAGAGCCCCAGGACCAGCUUGCUUAGGGGUCUCUUCUCCAGGUUAAUCUCUCUGUAGGUGAUGGCUUUGUUAUGGAAGGUUUGGGAAUCGCUUCCUUUUAGGUGGUUGUAGAAUUUAACGUCUCUUUUCGGGAUUUUGAUCAUUAGCGGGUAUCGGCCUAAUUCUGCUCUGCAUGCAUUAUUUUGUGUUUUUCAUUGUACACAGAGUCUCAAUUUGGUGUUUGUCCCAUUUUGUGAAUUAUUGGUUGGUGACCGGACGCCAGACCUCACAACCAUAAAGGGCAAUGGGUUCUAUAACUGAUUCAAGUAUUUUUAGCCAGAUCCUAAUUGGUAUGUAAAAUUUUAUGUUCCUUUUGAAUGCAUAGAAGGCCCUUCUUGCCUUGUCUCUCAGAUCAUUCACAGCUUUGUGGAAGUUACCUGUGUUGCUGAUGUUUAGGCCGAGGUAUGUAUAGUUUUUUUGUGUGCUCUAGGGCAACGGUGUCUAGAUGGAAUUUGUAUUUGUGGUCCUGGCAACUGGACCUUUUUUGGAACACCAUUAUUUUUGUCUUAUUGAGAUUUACUGUCAGGGCCCAAGUCUGACAGAAUCUGUGCAGAAGAUCUAGGUGCUGCUGUAGGCCCUCCUUGGUUAGGGACAGAAGCACCAGAUCAUCAGCAAACAGUAGACAUUUGACUUCAGAUUCUAGUAGGGUGAGGCCGGGUGCUGCAGACUGUUCUAGUGCUCUCGCUGAGAUAGGUAUAUAUAUAUGUGUGUGUGUUGAAGAGGGUGGGGCUUAAGCUGCAUCCCUGUCUCACCUCACGGCCCUGUGGAAAUAAAUGUGUGUGUUUUUUGCCCAUUUUAACUGCACACUUGUGUGUGGAUUUUAUAAUGUCGUACCCUCAUGCCAAAUUGAGUCAAAUGCUUUUUUAAAGUCAACAUAGCAUGAGAAGACUUUUCCUUUGUGUUGGUUUGUUUGUUUGUCAAUUAGGGUGUGCAGGGUGAAUAUGUGGUCUGUCGUACGGUAAUCUGUUAAAAGCCAAUUUGACAUUUGCUCAGUACAUUGUUUUCACUGAAGAAGUGCACAAGUCUGCUGUUAAUGAUAAUGCAGAGGAUUUUCCCAAGGUUGCUGUUGGGGUCAAAUUUGUCUCCACUUUUGUGGAUUGGGGUUAUCAGUCCUUGGUUACAAAUAUUGGGUAAGAUGCCAGAGCUAAGGAUGAUUUUAAGUAUAGCCAAUUGGAAUUUGUGGUCUGUAUAUUUUAUCAUUCCAUGUAGGAUACCAUAAACACCACAGGCCUUUUUGGGUUGGAGGGUUUGUAUUUUGUCCUGUAGUUCAUUCAAUGUAAUUGGAGAAUCCAGUGGGUUCUGGUAGUCUUUAGUAGUUGAUUCUAAGAUUUGUAAUUGAUAAUGUAUUGGGUGAGCGGUAUACCGGUAUGAAUGUGAAUACCGGUAUGACGUUGUGCCAUGAUAUGGAUUUUGCUGGUAAAACAUCAGUAUAGAGACAAAGUGGAGUCGCAAUUCAAAGGCUCAGACAUGAGACGUAUGUGGCAGCGUCUACAGACAAUCACAGACUACAAAAGGAAAACCAGCCACAUCGCCGACGUCUCGCUUCCAGACAAGCUAAACACCUUCUCCACCUGCUUUGAGGAUAACACAGUGCCACCAACGAGGCCCACUACCAAGGACUGUGGCCUCUCCUUCUCCGUGGUUGACGUGAGUAAGACAUUUAAGCAUGUUAACCCCCGCAAGGCUGCCGGCCCAGACAGCAUCCCUAGCCGCGUUCUCAGAGCAUGCGCAGACCAGCUAGCUGGUGUGUUUACGGACAUAUUCAAUUCAAGAUGGCCACCAUUGUUCCUGUACCCAAGAAAGCAAAGGUAACUGAACUAAUUGAUUAUCUCCCUGUAGCACUCACCUCUGUCAUUAUGAAGUGCUUUGAGAGACUAGUCAAGGAUCAUAUCACCUCUACCUUACCUGUCAAUCUAGACCCACUUCAAUUUGCUUACUGCCCCCAAUAGAUCCACAGACGAUGCAAUUGCCAUCACACUGCACACUGCCCUAUCCCAUCUGGACAAGAGGAAUACCUAUGUAAGAAUGCUGUUCAUUGACUAUAGCUCAGCAUUCAACACCAUAGUACCCUCCAAGCUCAUCAUUAAGCUUGAGGCCCUGGGUCUGGACCCCGCCCUGUGUAACUGCGUCCUGGACUUCCUGACGGGCUGCCCCAAAGUGGUGAAGGUAGGAAACAACAUCAACAACAUGCUGAUCCUCAACACUGGGACCCCACAAGGGUGCGUGCUCAGCCCCCUCCUGUACUCCCUGUUCACCCAUGACUGCGUGGCCAACCACGCAAACUCAAUCAUCAAGUUUGCAGACGACACAACAGUAGUAGGCUUGAUUACCAACAAUGACGAGACCACCUACAGGGAGGAGAUGAGGGCUCUGGGUGUGUGGUGCCAGGAAAAUAACCUCUCACUCAACGUCAACAAAACAAAGGAGAUGAUCGUGGACUUCAGGAAAGAGCAGAGGGUGCACCCCCCUAUCCACAUUGACGGGACUGCAGUGGAGAAGGUGGAAAGCUUCAAGUUCCUUGGCGUACACAUCACUGACAAACUAAAAUGGUCCACCCACGCAGACAGUGUGGUGAAGAAGGCGCAACGAAGCCUCUUCAACCUCAGGAGGCUGAAGAAAUUUGGCUUGGCACCUAAAAACCUCACAAACUUUUACAGCUGCACAAUUCAGAGCAUCCUGUCGGGCUGUAUCACCGCCUGGUAUGGCAACUGCACCGCCCGCAACCGCAGGGCUCUCCAGAGGGUGGUGCUGUCUGUCGAAUGCAUUACCGGGGGCAAGCUACCCGCCCUCCUAGACACCUACAGCACCCGAUGUCACAGGAAGGCCAUAAAGAUCAUCAAGGACUUCAACUACCCGAGCCACUGCCUGUACAUCCCGCUAUCAUUCAGAAGGCAAGGUCAGUACAGGUGCAUCAAAGCUGGGACCGAGAUAAUUAAAAACAGCUUCAAUCUCAAGGCCAUCAGACUGUUAAAUAGCCGCCACUAGCACAUUAGAGGCUGCUGCUGCCUUUUGAAAUCACUGGCCACUUUAAGAAAUGGAACACUAAUCACUUUAAUAAUGUUUACAUGUCUUGCACUACUCAUCUCAUAUGUAUAUACUGUAUUCUAUUCUAUAAUAUUCUACUGUAUCUUAGGCCAUGCCGCUCUGUCAUUGCUUGUCCAUAUAUGAAUAUAUUCAUAAAUUCCAUUCCUUACUAGAUUUGUGUGUAUUGGGUAUAUGUUGUGAAAUUGUUACAUAUUACUUGUUAGAUAUUACUGCACUGUCAGAGCUAGAAGCACAAGCAUUUCGCUACACCCGCAAUAACAUCUGCUAAACAUGUGUAUGUGAAAAAAUUAAAUUUGAUUUGAUCAUGAUAAAUGAAUGUAUGGAAAAAAGUGAAGUAAACUCCUUUUGUUAGCAAAAGUGUCAGAAAAUCAAGCAUUGAGGAUGACUGAAGACAAGUAAAAUAACACUAUUGAGGAUGAUUUGCAGGACAACGAAGAAUUGGUUCGAAAAAUGGGGGCCUCUGUUGUUUGGAGCUGGUUUGGCUUUAAGAUAUCCGACCUCGACCAACAAACAGUACUGUGUAAAUUGUGUCUACGCAUUGUGCUAGCCAAAGGUGGAAACACCAGCAAUCUUUUUCACCACCUGAAAACCCUGCAUGUGUGCGAAUAUGAAGAGUCUACCUGAAUGCGUGCAACAAACCCCCGAAGCAGCCUGAGUACUUUCAAGACAUCUUCAAGCCAGACCCGCACUCAGCUAUCACCCAAUGCAUCAUUCGUUAGUGGUACUCCCUAUGACAAGAAGAGCAAGAAGUGGAAUGAGAUAACGAAGUGGAAUGAGAUAACAAUUACGUAUCACAUAGCGAAAGACAUGGAACCAAUUCAAACUGUGGAGAAAGACUGUUUCAGAAAGUUGAUUUGAACUCUAGACCCAAGAUACGAGAUCCCGAGCCGUAAAUACUUCAGCAAAACAUGUCUGCCAGAACUCUACACAGAAUGUCGGGACAGAGUUGCCAACGAAAUCCGUAACGCUGCAUUCUUCUCUACCACUGCCGACUUAUGGUCAAGCCGGACCACAGCCAUACAUUAGCCUCACGAUUCAUUACGUUGACGACAACUGGAAGCUGCAAAGCAAAUCCCUUCAGACCUCUUAUUUCCCAGAUGACCACACCGGAUAAAUAAUUGCAGCUGGGCUGAGGGAGGCACUUUCAUCCUGCGGCUUGAAAGAGUUGCGUCAAGUAUGUAUGACUACCGACAGCGGAUCGAACAUGGUCAAAGCAUUGGAGCUGAACAAAUGGACAAGACUAGGGCGUUUCGGACACAGGCUACACAUUGCUAUUGGUAAGUUUCAACGUCCAAAACACAGAGAGCUAGGUAGAAAAAUAACCUCACUUAAAAACAACAUAAAAUGCAGAAUAACUGUUCUAUUCCUUAUCUCCUCUGUUUAAAGUUAGAGCUGACUACACUGCCUGA